UGCACGCGAGUGUGUGAAUGCAGGCGCGCACGCUUUUAUGAGUGUGUUUAUGGUAGAGGCUUCAACAAAAGGAGGCUGGAGUGUGUUUGGGAGUGUAGGGAUGAUCUUCAGAAGGAUCGUGAAAAUGAGUCAUCGCUGUGCACGAGGGAAAUACUUGUGUGUGUGUGUGUGUGUGUGUGUGUGUGUGUGUGUGUGUGUGUGUGUGUACGUACGUGUUUGGAGUGCUUUUCCUGUCUGGGAGGAAAGACAGCACUGGUUUUAGGGAGGAAAGUGCGCAAGGCUGAUCCGUUCCAUGCACAAUCUAGAAUGACAUGAGACAAAAGUUUUCUGUGGAUUUGAGAGGAAACGCCACAGCCUCGUCAUUAACUUCUCAUCUGUUUUGGAAGCCCAGGAGCCGAGGGCUGCAUGGGUCCAGUGGUCAUGCCCCCAGGGAAGAAGGCCGAGGGCCCCAGCAGUGGGAGCGUGGCGCGGGGUCUGAGUCAGCUCUACCAGGACACCGAGGCCGCUGACCUCUCUCUGGCCCUCUCCGCCUCCCUCAGCCGGGCCGAGGACGAGGAGCUGACCAGCCUCAGCUGGUUGCACGAGAGCACGGAUCUGCUGACCAGUCUGGGCCACUCCGGCCUGCGUAGCGUCAGCCCCCUGCAGGACGCUAACGGUGGCCGCGAGCCCUCGACCUCGCCGUCGUCCUCCCCCGAGCCCAGCGAGCCGCCCUACCACCUGUCCACGGGGCCCAGCCGCAAACCUCCAUACUCCUUCAGCUGCCUCAUCUUCAUGGCAAUAGAGGACGCUCCCUCUAAGAGACUUCCUGUCAAAGACAUCUACGGCUGGAUACUGGAGCACUUCCCUUACUUCGCUAGCGCCCCCACUGGCUGGAAGAAUUCAGUGCGUCAUAAUCUGUCGCUAAACAAAUGCUUCAAGAAGGUGGAUAAGGAUCGCAGUCAGAGCAUAGGAAAGGGUUCUCUCUGGUCGAUUGAUCCUGACUACAGACACAAUCUGAUCCAGGCGCUAAAGAAGACUCCAUAUCAUCCGUAUUCCCCUCGGCUUCCAAAACCACCUACCUCCCCAUCUGCCUCUCCUCAGCAAUACCACAGUCCUCCACUAUGGCCAGGAAGUCCACUCUUCAGAAAAAAUGGAGGAGUGCUCUUACAAGUUCCACAGAGAGUGAUACAGCACAGCUCACGUGUUGCCGCUCAGGGGCUCUUUACAGUUAUCAGACCCCUUCCUUUGAGUCCUGUGAGCAAGAGGACCACCGCUGUGAGAUCAGCCCUGGGCGACUAUCUGACACGGGGUAAAAACAGUCUGUGCAGCGACUCUCCUCCGCCCAGCGAUGACCAACAGGAGGACCACACGUACAGCAGCUCCCAGUCCCCCAGCACAAAGGGGGACAUCACUUCCCCCCUCUCCUCCUCCCCCACUCAGGGUUCCCUCUCUGCCCACAGCCACGGUCAAGAGGUGACGGUCACUGAGGUCAAGGAGGAGCAAAAAGACUUCCCGCUGGACGCUUCGCCACCUCCUUCCCAGCUGCUCCAGCGCAGAAGACUGCUGUGGACCAAAGGCCACCUACGGACCCCUGGUGACACACUUCCCCUGAAGAAGAGGAGGGCAGGAAAUCUCCUGGUAAAAGAGGAGGAAGACGAGGAGAUGAAGGAGGCGGCGGGGUCGUUGCUUCACCUGGCUGGAGUGCGCACCGGUUUGAAUAAAAACGCUCAGCGUGCGUGUAAAGUUCAAAAGGAGCUGAAAGAGGAAGCCAGCGAUUAGCAAUGAACGAAAACCCCGCUAACACAGAUCUAAAUACUUCUGUUCCAGGAUAUCAGGUGAAUUCUAGUCAGUUGUUGCAAUAUCAAUAAAAUCACCGUUGUCCCUUGUUAAAUUUGAUUUCCCGGGUGAAAGAUUCUCAUGUUCAUGUUGUUUUGUGUGUGUGAAUGCGAGUGUGUGUGUGUGCGAAGAGGGAAAAAAGCCAUAGUAAAAUUUGGGUCAUUUGAGUGAAAAAUGUUUGUUUUUGAAUUCAUCAAGCCUACGGAACAAUUUAAAAGAAUUAAUCAUGUUGUAGCAAUCCUUCUGGUUCACAUCAGAAAGCUGAACGGAGAGAUUUCCUAUGCUGCUCUCGAGUGUGCCAAAGAUGAAACCUGUUGAUGAAAGUGCAGCUAAUCCAUGCACACUUAGUAAGACCAGUAAUAGUUUCAAAAAGUAGUGAUACCGACCUAUGACAAAAACCAUCCGACGAAUAUUUGGGUCAAUGACAUGAUAGUCAUUUUUCUUGGUCCACGUCUAUCGAUUAAUUAAAAAUACGAUUCACGAUUAGAAAACACACCUAUUGUUGUAUGUCUUUUUUCUGAAUUCAUUUUGAAAGUUUUUUUUUCGAAUGCGUCAAGUAAUGCGUUACAAUAUUAGUAAAAAGUAACUAAUUGCGCUACUUAGUUACUUUUACUUUUGGACUACUUUUUCUCACCUGGGCUUCCUUGUUUGU